AUGGCAUCGCAACAGGAAUUGAGGAACGCUUACGUCGGCAAGGACGUCAGCGAUGUGCCCAAGCCAGCCAUCGUUCUCGACCAGGCCAUCAUACGACGACACUGCAAGGAUAUGCUGCGGACCGUGAAGGCCCUCGAUGUCGGAUUCAGGGCUCACGUCAAGUCGCAUAAGACAAAUGAGAUCGCUGAAAUGCAAGUGGCAGACAAGGACAUCCCCGCCAAUUUCAUCGCAUCGACAGUCCUGGAGAUUGAAACCUUGGUCCCAUUGCUGAAAAAGAUCCAGGCUGAGGGCCGUUCUGUGAAUGUUCUGUAUGGAAUCCCACUCGUGCCGUCCCAGGUCAACCGGCUGGCCAAGGCAGCCCUCGCCAUUGGCAAAGGGAGUGUCUCGGUGAUGAUCGACCACCCAGACCAGAUCCCCCACCUGGAGCGAUUUUUCGCGAUCACUGGAUUCCCAGCGCUUGUGUUCGUCAAGGUCGAUACGGGAUAUCACCGGGCGGGCUUGCCCCCGACUGCACUGAACAAGGGUGGCUUGCUUGAGAGGCUGGCGGAUGCAGAGCAAAAUGGAUAUGCAAGCCUGUUGGGUGUUUAUUCGCACAGUAGUCUCAGCUACGCCGGUACCACUCCCGACCAGGCGAUGGCAUAUCUGGUUAGUGAGAUUGUUGGAUGCAAGGAGGCCCUCGAGCACCAUCUGCAGCUGUUCACCCCUGGGCGAGAGGAAUUGGUUAUCAGCGUCGGUGCGACUCCUCAGGCACUGUCCUCCCAGAACCUGACCCCGGAGGAGGGCAGUUCCCAGUCUACCCAGGCCAUAGAGUUGAAAGAAUUGCUGCAUAACCCACUUGCAAAGGAUAUUGGUGUCAAGGUCAAAGUCGAGAUCCAUGCUGGCGUAUAUCCACUGCUAGACAUGCAACAAGUCUCAACGAACGCUAGAUGGAAGAGCAGUGGCCCGGAGAAGGAGAUUGCAAUUUCCGUGCUGGCCGAAGUCUGCAGCGUCUAUAACGACGGGGAGAGGGCGAAACCUGAGGCUCUUCUCGCCGCGGGCACUUUGGCGCUGGGAAGAGAACCAUGCCCUAGCUAUCCGGGCUGGGGAGUGGUGUCGUCGUGGCGACAGGAAGAUACAUUGCGAGGCGCAUCGUCUCGAUUGAUUGUGGAACGUAUCAGCCAGGAGCACUCUAUUGUGUCGUGGGAGGGCCACGAUGCACAAGUGCAAAAGGUUCCUUUCAGUGUUGGGCAGGUCGUGAAGAUCUUCCCGAAUCAUGCGUGUGUUGCAGCUGCGUUCUACGCAUUCUACUUUGUCGUGGACUCAGAUCGGGAUGCUGGUGCGGCGGAGAUUGUGGACGUCUGGGUGAGGUCGAGAGGCAGUGAUGUUACUGAAUCGGCGUUGCUCUCGCGAGUUCAAUAG